GACUCCUGAAACCAAUCCUGAAUAUAAAUUCUGUUUUUUGGCUAGGGAGAUCUUGUGCGAAAGCUGAAAGAAGAUAAAGCACCCCAAGUGGAUGUAGACAAAGCAGUGGCUGAGCUUAAAGCCCGUAAGAGGGUAUUGGAAGCAAAGGAGCUGGCAUUACAACCCAAAGAUGACAUUAUUGACAGGUCAAAAAUGGAAGAUACCUUGAAGAGAAGGUUUUUCUAUGAUCAAGCUUUUGCUAUUUAUGGAGGUGUUAGUGGUUUGUAUGACUUUGGUCCAGUUGGGUGUGCUUUGAAAAACAAUAUUAUCCAGACCUGGAGACAACACUUUAUCCAAGAGGAGCAGAUUCUGGAGAUUGACUGCACCAUGCUCACCCCUGAGCCAGUUUUAAAGACCUCUGGCCAUGUAGACAAAUUUGCAGACUUCAUGGUGAAAGAUGUAAAGAACGGAGAAUGUUUUCGGGCUGACCAUCUGUUAAAAGCUCAUUUACAGAAAUUGAUGUCUGAUAAAAAGUGUUCUGCUGAGAAGAAAUCAGAGAUGGAAAGUGUCUUGGCCCAGGUGAGAACUUUAGAGAUGCUAUCAGAAAUACCUGGCUAGAAGCUGUCUUUCCUUCCGCAUGUGAUAACUAUUGAAUUCU